CGCAGCGCAGCGGUCACGUCCAUCGUUUCGCACGAGGGGGGGAGACAUCAACCGGUCGUGCUCUCUCUUCACCACGUACGGCAGGCACCGCGCGCGCCCCUCGAUCGUGUCCGUGCGCGAGAUGAGCCAGGAGAACGGAGAGAACGGGCACGGCGCCGCCGCCGAGGAGGAGCAGCCGAAGAGCGGCGCGCCGCGGCUGAACGAGAGGAUCCUCUCGUCGCUGUCGAGGAGGUCCGUCGCCGCGCACCCGUGGCACGACCUCGAGAUCGGCCCCGAUGCUCCCGCCGUGUUCAACGUCGUCGUGGAGAUCACCAAGGGGAGCAAGGUGAAGUACGAGCUGGACAAGAAGACGGGGCUCAUCAAGGUUGACAGGAUUCUGUACUCGUCCGUGGUCUACCCUCACAACUACGGUUUCAUUCCGCGAACGCUUUGCGAGGACAACGACCCCAUGGACGUCCUUGUCCUCAUGCAGGAACCAGUUCUUCCCGGCUCAUUCCUCCGAGCCCGGGCCAUCGGUCUCAUGCCUAUGAUUGACCAGGGAGAGAAGGAUGACAAGAUCAUAGCUGUAUGCGCCGACGAUCCCGAGUACCGCCACUUCAACGAUAUCAGCGAGCUUUCUCCUCAUCGCCUUCAGGAGAUCCGUCGCUUCUUUGAGGACUAUAAAAAGAAUGAGAACAAGGAGGUGGCUGUCAAUGACUUCUUGCCCCCUACACCUGCUCGUGAUGCCAUCCAGUACUCUAUGGAUCUGUACGCGCAAUACAUUAUGGAGAGCCUGAGGCGGUAGAGCCUAACUUCAAUUUUCUAAUUAUACACACUCGUCUGUGAGCUCAAACAUAGAACGACCCAUCAGAACAUUUGAGAUCUGAUGCAUAGUCAAGUCACAUGAGUUAUAUAUAUGCUCGACAAUCAUUUUUUCUUCCCAGAGUUGUAUUAAUAUGCAUUCUGCAUUACUCAAUUUGAAAAUCCGUUUCAAGGCUUGCGCUUUGAUCUAUAUAUGUGUACCCCUAUUCUGGUUUUACUUGGAAAACGAAAUAAUACGGUGAUCUGUGUUACUUCGAUGUUUGAUUGAGCUAUUCUAGUCUGAAUAUGUAUAUUAAAAGAACAAUUUUACC